AUGAGCAGAGUGCUCGAAUCCCCGCCGCGAAAGCGCUACAAUAAACGGCGGGCCCAGCUGCUCUCCCAGUACCUCGGCGCUCCCGCCGUAAGCUCUCCGCCCCUCGUCGAUCCCCGCGGCGGUCUCCGUAUACACUCCCCCGACAGCGCAUCGCACCAUUCCGUGAGCGACGGCCACCGGGUCACCGCCUUUGCAGCCCUAGCAGGCAAUGUCUCUGGUCCGGCCAGCCCGAGCUCCGAGUACCGCCCAUCCUCGGCAUUCAGUCAGCACAGGCCUGUCUCGUAUGGAUCUUCUGACCACGCCCCGGCCGGCUUACUACGCCCAGGCGGGCCCAUUGCGGAGCAGCAACCGAACCUCCGCAGCCCUCACGAUUCCCUAUUCAUAGCCACGCCCUCUCCUUACCCCAAUGAACCGUCCACAAGGACCGAGACCAUGGUGUCUGGGGACUAUGCUUUCAACCCGGAACAGCACGGCGCGUACAUGGGCCAUGACUCCCAGCCUAACCCGGGCAGGAGCCAAACCCUGCUAAACUCCCAGCAGUUCUUCUCCGAUUUCGCGGGCCAGCAAGCCUACGAUCAAAACACCGCCGACGACUAUGGCGGCCCCCACCGAUACUCCGCCAAUGAGGCCUUCUCCCCACCGCCGCCAUGGCGCCGCCGAUGCUCACGACCAACGACCUGCCACCUCCCGAGAUGCUCGAACCACCCCAAGACCUCGGCGUUUUGGGUCCUAGACAGCAAAGGCAAGGAAAUCGGCACCAUCACCUGGGACAAGUUUGCGUCGCGCGCCGAAAAAGUUGCGCAAGUCAUCCGGGACAAGAGCACGCUAUACCGCGGUGACAGGGUUGCACUCAUUUACCGAGACACCGAGAUUAUCGAUUUCGCCAUUGCCCUUCUUGGCUGCUUUAUCGCAGGCGUCGUAGCCGUUCCCAUCAACGACCUGCAGGACUAUAAUAAGCUCAACUUUAUCCUGACUUCGACCCAGGCCCAUUUAGCCCUGACGACGGACAACAACCUCAAGGCGUUCCAACGCGACAUCACUACCCAGAAGCUCACCUGGCCCAAGGGCGUCGAGUGGAUGAUGUACCCCCUUUCCGUCCCCGACCUCGCCUACAUUGAGUUUUCGCGCGCCCCCACGGGUGACAACCGCGGUGUCGUCCUAAGCCAUCGCACCAUUAUGCACCAGAUGGCCUGUCUCAGCGCCAUCGUGUCUACCGUCCCAGGAAAUGCCCCCGGGGACACCUUCAACCCUUCGCUUCGGGACAAAAAUGGGAAGCUUAUCGCUGCUGGGCCGACUGGCGAAACGAUUCUAUCGUACCUUGACCCCCGGCAAGGCAUCGGCAUGAUUCUCGGCGUUCUCCUCGCCAUCUACGGCGGCCAUACGACAGUUUGGAUGGAGAACCGAGCCGUUGAAGUCCCAGGCCUGUACGCGCACCUCAUCACCAAGCACAGGGCCACUCUGAUGGUUGCCGAUUACACUGGUCUGAACCGCGCGGUGCGAAAUUACCAAACCGACCCCAUGGCGACGAGGAACUUCAAGAAGGGCUCAGAGCCCAACUUCCAGUCCGUCAAGCUCUGCUUAAUCGACACACUGAGCGUCAAUUGCGAGUUCCACGAACUGCUUGCCGACAGGUGGCUCCGCCCGCUGAGGAAUUCCAGGGCCCGGGAGGUGGUGGCACCUAUGCUCUGUCUUCCCGAGCACGGCGGCAUGGCGAUCAGCGUGCGAGAUUGGCUCGGUGGCGAGGAACGCAUGGGUGUGCCCCUCAAGUUGAAUACCGGCUCCGAUUCCGAGUCCGUGCCUGAGGAGGACAAGGACAAGGAGAAGGAGAAGGAGGGGGAGAAGGAAAAGCCUUCUAAUGGGUUUGGUAGCUUGCUCGGAGGAGGAACGACAACAACCACGGAGCAUCGCGCUAAGAACGAAUUAGGUGAGGUACUUCUCGACCGGGAGGCUCUCAAACGCAACGAGGUUGUCGUCGUGGCGAUAGGGGACGAGGCUAGGAAAGAAGGCACCGAUGACUCAACCACUGUUCGCGUGGGAGCGUUCGGAUACCCCAUUCCCGAUGCCACUCUCGCCGUCGUCGACCCGGAAAGCGGCCUGCUCGCCUCGCCUUACUCCGUCGGAGAGAUCUGGGUCGAUUCGCCCUCUCUUUCAGGUGGCUUCUGGGCACUCCCGAAACACACGGAGCAAAUCUUUCAUGCCCGACCGUACAAGUUCGACCCCGGCGAGCCCACCCCGACGCCGGUCGAGCCCGAAUUUCUCCGCACCGGCCUCCUUGGAACCAUCAUCGAGGGCAAGCUCUUUGUCCUUGGCCUCUACGAGGAUCGAAUCCGGCAAAAGGUGGAGUGGGUCGAGCAUGGGCACGAGGUUGUCGAGUACCGCUAUUUCUUUGUCCAGCACAUUGUUCUCAGCAUCCUCAAGAGCCUGCCCAUGGUGACGGACUGCUCAGCCUUCGACGUGUUUGUGAAUGAGGAGCAUCUUCCUAUAUUAGUGGUAGAGUCGGUGGCUGCGUCCGUUGCACCACUCACGUCGGGUGGUGCUCCCCGGCAGCUCGAUCGAGCUCUUCUCGAAUCCCUUGCGGAGCGCUGCAUGGAGAUCCUCGACCAUGAACAUAACAUUCGGCUUUACUGUGUGAUGAUCAGCCCACCCAACUCGCUCCCCAGGGUUGUCAAGAAUGGCAGGCGCGAGAUCGGAAACAUGCUUUGCCGACGUGACUUUGACCUGGGGAACCUGCCCUGCGCCCAUGUCAAGUUUGGAGUCGAGAGGGCGGUGCUGAACCUCGCGGUUGGAGUGGACCCUAUCGGCGGAAUCUGGUCCCCCAUCGCUUCUCAGGCCCGCGCGGAAUUCCUGAUCCCGGCAGACAAGCAGUACUCUGGUAUCGACCGCCGCGAGGUAGUCAUCGACGAUCGGACGUCGACUCCCCUCAAUAACUUCUCGUGUAUCACCGAUCUCAUCCAGUGGCGCGUGGCUAGGCAGCCCGAAGAGCUUGCCUACUGCACGAUUGACAGCCGCGUCCGUGAGGGCAAGGGCGUCACCUGGAAAAAGUUUGAUCAGAAGAUCGCGGCGGUGGCUGUGUACCUCAAGAAUAAGAUACGAGUUCGCGCCGGCGACCACGUCAUCCUAAUGUAUACGCACUCGGAGGAGUUUGUUUAUGCCAUUCACGCGUGCAUCGCGCUAGGUGCUAUCUGCCUCCCCGUCGCGCCUUUAGACCAGAAUCGCUUGAGCGAGGACGUGCCGGCCUUCCUACGACUUGUGGCUGAUUACCGCGUCAAGGCGGUUCUCGUGAACCAGGACGUCGAUCACCUGCUAAAGCUAAAGCCGGUGGCCAGCCACAUCAAGCAGUCUGCCCAGAUUUCGCGGACGGCGAUCCCCAACAUGUACAACACGAUGAAGCCGCCGAAACAAAACAGCGGGCUGCGAGAUUUGGGAGUCAAGACGGACCCGGCGUGGAUUCAACCCAACUACCCCGUCAUCAUCUGGACGUAUUGGACCCCGGACCAGAAGCGUCUCGCCGUGCAGCUAGGCCACGAUACCAUCUUGGGCAUGUGCAAGGUCCAAAAGGAGACCUGCCAGAUGACCAGCUCGAGGCCCGUUCUUGGCUGCGUUCGCAGCACGACAGGCCUAGGUUUCAUCCACUCGUGCUUGAUGGGCAUCUAUAUUGGAACGCCCACGUAUCUUCUCUCUCCCGUCGAGUUUGCACAGCAGCCUCUCUCCCUUUUCGUCAGCCUCUCGAGAUACAAGAUUAAAGACACGUACGCUACUCCCCAAAUGCUCGACCAUGCCAUGGCCGCCAUGGCUGCCAAGGGCUUCACCCUUCGCGAACUCAAGAACAUGAUGAUUUCGGCCGAAAGCAGGCCCAGAGUAGACGUGUUCCAAAAGGUUCGCCUUCACUUCGCGGCCACCUUCCUCGAUCGGACCGCCAUCAACACAGUGUAUUCGCACGUGUUGAAUCCCAUGAUCGCUUCCAGAUCAUACAUGUGCAUCGAGCCUGUCGAGCUCUGGCUAGACACCAAGGGCCUGCGCCGUGGCAUCGUGCAGCCUGUCGACCCCGAGACCAACCCACGGGCCCUCCUGGUGCAAGACUCUGGCAUGGUGCCCGUUUCGACCCAAAUCGCCAUUGUCAAUCCAGAGAGCUGCCUGCUCUGCCACGACGGCGAGUACGGAGAAAUCUGGGUCGACUCGAAGCUUGCCGUCAGCCGGCCUAUCGGUCCCGGCGGUGCCCAAGUUGACAUGCAGGUCCUCUUCGUCCUAGGCAGCAUCGGCGAAACCUUUGAGGUGAAUGGCCUCAACCAUUUCCCCAUGGAUAUCGAAAACUCCGUCGAACGAUGCCACCGAAGAAUUGUUCCGGGAGGCUGUGCCGUAUUCCAAGCUGGGGGGCAACUUCCCCGGUCGCGCCUUGGCGAGAAGCAGCGGGGCACAAUCCUUGCCAAGUGGGUCAAGCGCACUUUGCAGACGGAGGCGCAGUUUGCUAUCCGGAACUCGGACUUCACCCCGAUGGACGGGAGCGGCUCGCCGGGACCAGACGGUAUGGAGCAGCUCCGGAGGACAUCUCUCGGUAGCAUGAGGAGCGGCAGCGGCGCGCCCGCUCGCGCUUCAAGCCUGAGGAACGUGGAGCCCGCGCCACAGAUCUUAGAGCAGGCGGAAGUUGAUCAGAGACAGUAUGGCUACGAUGACAGGUUUUCCAUGCAGGCGCCCUCUUCCAGCUCAGGGUACCCCAUGUCCGGGCCGACCCAGGAUUCGCGUUUCGGUAACCAGUCUAUCGAAGACCAGCAUUCUGGUGCAAACGUCGGGUUCGCUAGCUACGCUCAGCCGGCCCCGGGUACGGCGUACAGUCCUCAGCCUCAGGGCUAUGAGCGGGCCCCCGCCGGGCCCCAGUACAAUUCCCCACGACAGCCGGCGAUUCCACAGCUCCAGCCCGUCGAGAUGCCCGCCAGCACGGCGGAGACAUCGCAGUCGGACAAGCGUCAAAGCAACGCCCCACAGAUCAGACUGCCAGGUGUGGACGGGCGGGAAUCUCUCGACUUGUGGCGCCCGCAGGAGACCAAAGAAGAGGACGACUGGACGGCGGACGCGAUCAUGCACAUGAACCUUGCUGGAGACCUUGGGCGGCAGCUGAACUGA